AUGUUGUCCCUAAUUGCAAAACUUAAGAAGCAGAAGGAGGCGGAAGAAGAAAAACUAAGACAAAAUGUGGAAACGGCAAAAAUAUACGCACAGUAUGUGAAAUCAUUCGAUGGAACUGGUGCCGAAGAGCCCCUGAAAUUCGUGAAAAGCGACGUUCUGGACCCUUCCACAGGCUCGACGAACGCAACAGUUCCAGAAAUAUUCACUCUGGGAACAAAGGAGAGCCCGGAAGAGGAGUUGGAUAAGGAUGAGAUCACAUCAACAUAUUUAUCGCAAAUAAACGCAGAAGAGAACACAUUCAAAAAGCAGCCAAAGGGGUCAAAAGUCAGAGAAAUAGACACAUUCAUAGAAGAAAUCAAGGAAAAGCAAAGAGUGAUAAGUGAGAGGAAGGAACUGCAAAAUAAAAUACUAACAGCAACAACAGAGCAUGAGAGAUAUGAAAUAAACCAGAGACUGUCAAAAAUAGAAAACGACCUAGCACUGAAUGCACCGGACCUUAACUCGACGAACAUAUUCAUAGGAAACCUGCCGGCCAGCGUGACAGAGGAGGUGCUGAUGAGCCACUUCGCAAAGUAUGGCCAGAUAACAGGAAUAAGAAUCAUGCCAGUGAAAAACGAGUCAAUGAUGAGACCAACGACGUCAGCGUUUCUGUCAUACAUGAGCCACGCACAGGCAGAAAACGCAAAAAACGCAAUGGACGGAAAGGAGAUACUAAAAAUACCGUGUAAAAUAGGAUGGGCGAAAAACAUACUGAGACCGACAAUAGCAGUACAAAACGCACAGACAGAGAAGGGAGGGCCACACCAAACAUUAUAUAAAAGUGUUAACACGCAGCCACUAUUCCAAGUGUUUGUGCCACUGCCGAACCAUAAGAGGAAGAUAAUAGAUUUAAUGUCGAAAUAUGUAUCAGAGGGAGGCCAGGAGUUUGAGCAGAUGAUCAUGGAGAAGGAGGCGCCAAACGGAUUGUUCUCGUUCCUGUACGAAAAAUAUACGCCCGAGAGUGUGUACUACAGAUGGAGAGUGUACUCACUGAUCCAAGGAGACACAAUGUCAACCUGGAGUGUCAUGCCGUUCAAGAUAACGAACAUGGGAAAGAUAUACUGCCCGCCCCCGACACAAAACAAAAAUACAUCGCAGAGUGGAUACGUGCCACUGACAGCAGAGCAGGAGAGACAAUUUGAAAAUAUUAUCGCAAACACGACCACGACGAGAAACGAUGUGUGUAACGCAAUGCUGUUCUUUAUAAACAACAGCGAGUGUGCGUAUCAACUGACGGACCUGUUGAUAAACCGCCUGAACGACGAUAAUUUGCAAGUUAAUCAGAAGAUCGCACUCCUGUAUGUGCUUUCGGACGUGCUGUACAACUCAGCGUCGUCACGGCAGUUCUCGUGGAUAUACAGAACAUCGAUAGAAAAGCGACUGCCGGAAAUAUUUGACGGAGUAAAGAAAUUCAAAGCAAGGUCAAAGAGUAAGAUAGCAGGCCAGCAGUUGAUGGACGUGAUAAUGAAGUUGCUGAAAACAUGGGAGGAUUGGACAGUGUACUCCUCAGGGCUGGAAGCGACACUGCUAGGAGAUGACGCAGACUCGUUCAAGGCUCAGCCAGAGUUUGAAGAAUACAAGCAUUUGGUGGACGAGAAUGACGGCUGUGAUAUGGACUACUUUGAAAUACUGGCGACGUUCCCCCUUGAGUACAGAGAAGAAGCAUACAAAUAUCUUAAGAUGGGAAUCAAGGAGCUUAAGUCGCUGUGUUAUCAACGGGGGCUUCUGCUGAUGCCCUCAGACAGACGCACACUGGUCGUGAGACUGGUGACGUACGACAAAUACCAGUUAACACAAAUGCAGGUCGCUGAGGAGAAAAGACUGGAGUCGUUGAAAGCGGAGGAGGCGAUGAACGAGGAGUCACUGGACGGCUCAGACAUGGAAGAGUCGGACAUGGACCAGGAGACGGACGAAGCCGAAGCCAGUGAGAGAGUAAAGAUCCAGGAGGCAACGGCAAGGCUCCAGAAAACGCUGAUGGAGAAGGCACGCACACUUCCGCAGCCACACGCGGAGGCGGAAAGCAAAGUGAGUGUCCCGGUGGAGCGCGAGGAGGAGGCAGAGGUCGAGCAGGAGCGCGAAGAGCCACAACCGGAAGAGCCGGCUGAUGAGCCUGAGGAAACGCAGGACGACGACAUCGAUGACAUAUUUGCGUCAUAA